GAUUCCAAAUGACUCACAUGGGGCGUCUGCGUGUGUCAAUGGGACGAAUCGGGAAGGAACGCGUUCGUGGGCCGUUCGGUUCAUUUUCAGGAGCCAUUUAAAUCGGUCUGAAACAGCUGAACGGUUUGUGGAACGCAAUAGAACUAAAUAUGAUGUUAAUUUUUCAUCUCAUCAUAAAUGUCUGAACUCCAGAAACGGUCUGGGUCCACGAACCUUUGCCAGUUAUUCCCGAAAUCCGUGUUUGUAGCAAGAGUUCAGAUGAGUUCCGAACGAAAAGAUCAUUCCCGUACCGCACAGCAUCCAUCGCAGCGGCUCUGUCCAGCGGUUCUGGUGUCCGACAACGAGAGGUGAGCUGCCAACCAGACCACCAGCUUUGUGUACGUCUCUAUUGCCAUGGACACCAUUGUUCAUAUCAGAGGGGUCCCCAUAAGGUCCAGGUCUUCGGUCCGGAAAGAGAGUGUCAGUGAGGGCGGGACUCAGGCUAAGAGCCACUUCAGGAACAAAAAGGAGCUAUGCAGUGUCAGCCUGGAGCUACAACCCAGAGACAUCAUGAGGCUGACAGAGGUCCUGUUUGUGUGUCUGCCAGGACAGCGGGAGGGUGAUGAUGUCACCCAUCAGUCUCUGUCUUCCCUGCCGGGGGGGCUGUGUGAGCUCCUCAAGUCUCUCCAUGUUCACCGCCUCAAGAACGACGAAGUUCUGCUGCUCAGAGACAGUCGCAGGCUGGCAGAGCUCCGGGAUGCCAGGUCUCAGAGAUGGCUGAAGGCUCUGUGUGUCCUGAGGCACAACCCUCACACAGGCUCCACUCCUCAGGCCACUGUAGCAUCUCUGAUGGGUUUAUUGGGGUGCUAUAUGGCAGGGGUCCACUACAUGCUGGAACUCCAGGCUUUUAAGGGGGACUCGGCGGAGCCCAGUCAACCAGAGGACGAUGACACCAACCAGUCCAUUUCAUCCAUAGAGGAUGACUUUGUGACUGCUCUGGAGCACCUGGAGGAGGAAGACCCUGCAGAUCAUCCUUCUGGACCUCCCUGUUGUCUCUCCAGAAAGCGGGACGUGGCAUCACAGACUAUCCCAGCACACCAGAGGAGGAAGGAGUUGUCAGGUUCUCGUGUCAUUUUUAGUUCCUCCAAGACACAUUCGGCCAUGUCCACGUCUGGACCUAGUGUUAAAGUUCAGAGGUCAUCAUCAGGAGUUGAGUCCCAGUGGACGUACUGUAGGCCUGGAGUUCAUUUAUCCUCCCCAUCUGUUGGUGUUAGUGAAUCUGAGGAGUCCGAGUGCUCCAGUCCUAGUCCAGUAAUAUUCCUGGAUGAAGUGGGCUAUCAGAAAAGCCUUUUGGCCAAGCUGGACAUCCCCCAGAUACCAGGAGGCCCCAAAGAGAAGGUUGAGGAUUCAGACUCUGAAGUCAGUGAGUUUUUUGACAGCUUUGAUCAGUUUGAUGAUCUGGAGGAGCUGAGCUCAGAGAGCUGCACUCUCACCCUGCCUCUGAACCAAACCAAACCCCCAACAUCUCCAGAUACAUGUUCUGAGACACAUUCCACAGGACCAGCAUCCAAACACAUGUCUCUUGGGUGCUCAACCAGGAACAUGAAUCCUCACUGCUUUGACCAGCCCACGCUCCCAGCCAAUGUGAAGAAACCAACUCCCAUGAAGCCUGGUUCUCCCUUCUCUCUUCAUUCUGAUGGGCUGGACUCUCCUUGGCUGGUGCAGACCCCCUGUGAGGACACUGGUGGCCCUCUCUUCAGUCCUGUCAGUUCUUCUGCUUUCAGCCCACUGGUGGAGUCUAGUGAACCACUGGAGGACAGGUCAGAGCUUCGUAAACCUCAGGAUCUCUGCUCCCUCUAUAACACUUACUCAGACUUUGCGAGCAACCUGUCCAAAGAGAUUCUGGGAUCUGUGUGUGGUUCUCGGUCUGCUGUGGACAUCAGUGACAACAGGAAUCUGAGCUGUGUGUGCCAGAAAAAGUUCCAGAACAACUCCGGAUACCUGAUGAAGCUUGCAGACAUACAGGAGACCGUAACUGUGGCAAAGCUGCAGGAGAAGUCCUCGUCCCUAAAGGACGGCAUUCACAGGUUUGCUUCAGACCUGGUGGAAAUGAGCCUGGGCAGUGCUCUGCGAGACUUUCAGAAAGGAGUUAACUCCUGUACGACCACCUUGUGCCACUUGGCUGCCAGACUCACCUCCUCUGUUUUUCAGAUGGCCUUUCAUGAAAUUGGCAUGCGGCAUGCCUACGUGCUGAAGGAGCGGGCCAUUAAUGGACUAGCUGGAUUUCUUGUUAGCGAGGCUGUUGCAGGAGCUCUGAGGGAGUUUCUGACGGUGAAAAAGCACAUUUUCCACAGCACAGUGUCACAGUUUGCUGCUGAUCUGGCUGAGGAGCUGGUGUUUGAAGGCAUCAUGGAGGUGUGCCAGUUUUCCCAUCCCUCUACCCCUCUCACCCCAGGUGAGUUGUCCUUUGGCCAUGGACUGGAGGAGGAGGUGGUGGUGGUGUCCUCCUAUGCUUCAGACCUCUCUGAGUCUGUUAUCCAGGAGGCAUUCAUUGAGCUCUCUCAAGCUGAUGUCACCUUCACUAGCCAAGCUGCUAUUAGUGUUUCCCCAGACAACAUCUGCUACGUUAGUGCAGAGAACACCAGCACCUGCAACACCUCUGCUCACCAGCAGGCUCUGAGAUCCAGCUUCACUUCAGCAGAACUGGAGUCUGGACAGGAGGUCACUCGCACUGUGAAGAAGGCUCUCUUCACAGUUUCAGGUAUGGCCAGCUGCAUCCCCGUCCCCCAAGCAGGCCGCACCCUAUACCUCUUCCAGGAUCCAGAGGAGACUAGCCAGCAAAAGCCCACAACAACCACCAGCACCACCGUGGCUCCUCUCACCUCUGCAGCUGGAGAGGACCCCCACCAACAAAAGGAACCAUUCCAAACCUACUCUGGGAACAUGGUGGACCUGAUCAUCGCAGAGGCCUGUGAACUCAUCACUGCCUCUAAGGUGAGGAAGAGUUUUGGGGAUUGUGCAGAUUUCCUAACCAAGACCAUUGGAAGCCAAAAGCAAGACACUCUAGACACUUCUCUGAAGCAGCAUGCAGACUGCGACUGUUUCAGAAACAAGUGGUGUGCUGGAGCCGACUGGCCGACUGAGCAUGCAGCAGAUGACCUCAGUCCUCCAGUGUCCUUCCAGACGGGCUCUUCAGACCGUGUCCUGGGUGAGGCCAGUCACAAGAGAAGAGCUCUGGCUCAACCACAUCUGGUAUUGAUGAAUACACCCAAUGCACCAGGCACAAAUGAAGUUCAACCGAGCAGGACUCCCACCACAGUUCUGAGUCCAGAUAAGAAAGUGAGCGAGACUCCUCAUACUCUCCGCUCCACCCCUCAACAGCACCUUGACAUCUCCAAACAGAAGGAGCUCAAACAGUUUUCCAGAAAGCUGAAGACCAAGCUAGCUAAGGAGUUUUCUCCUGUAACGCCACCUCCAGCCCCCCAUUCUCCAGCCGAAUCAGGUCCUGGUCAAAGAGAAACUAACCCUCGAGUAGACAAAGCUGAAUUCAUGUCCAGCCUGAUGACUUCUCAGUCUGAAAAGCAGGGCAGCAGUGUAGAUGGUGAGGAGGAGGCAGGUGAAGGAACAAACAGGUGUGUAGAUGCCAACAAGGGCCAGCAGGAUUGGAACCAAAUGUCUUCUCACCGGAUGUCCAACAAGCAAGCAAUUUUGUAUGCUGAAAGGCUGGUGUGUCACAUCGUCUCCAUGGCGACAGAGAUAGACAACCUGGGAGGAUCAGAGGUGGACCUGAGUGAAGGGAGUAGCAGGAGAAAAGAUGGUGUGGCUCAGAUCUCAGAGAAGACCCUAAAUGUCUUGUGGGAUUAUGCCGGCGAGGUGGCGGGAGAAGUCAUCAAUGAUUUGAAGAAGAUGAUGAACCCAAGACAUCUGUGUCCUCACCACAGAGCCAAGGAGUUGAGGAGAGCAAGCUUUGACAGAGCCAACCCUGAAUGUUGGAAUCACACACACCAAUCCAGUUCAGGUCAGAGCAAAGACCAGGCUGAGCAGUGCUCCGCUGACCUGAUAGCCCAUGCUUCUGGGUCGUCAGCCUCCACUACACCCCCCAGCUCCAGCUCCCACCUGUCCUCGGAGUACCCGAGCUGUGAGAGUGUGACAGAUGAAUAUUCUGGCUACCUCAUCCGGGUGUUGAAAAAAGAGGACAGCAGUAGGGAGCUGGUCCGGGAUCAGUAUGCGAGCCGUUUGGCGUACCGCUCUUUAAAGCUAGGUCUGGCCUAUGCUAGUCGUAAGCUCCAGCGCAGGUCCUCCAGCAGCCACCUGCGGGCCUCCAGGUCUCUGCCUGAUGAAUGGAAGACAUCUGAGACCCCACCAUCCAGAGAUGGAGCUAGUGAGGGGACCUGGUGUUGCUGCAAGAUCUCCCAGGCUCAGAAGAACAGGGAGUACUUCAAUCUAAUCAACUUUGCAGAAUCUUUAGCUUACAACAUCACCUGUGAUGUCACACGCAAGCUUCACCUGUUUUCCGUUCGGCUUCCAAAGUCCCUGACUGACUCCUGCCUGUAUAAGAAACCCAAGUUUGACAACAUGGCUGAUAGUAUCGUGUCCCUCCCCCGACUGUCUAAGGAAAGCAGGAAAAGACAUUACCACAGCACAGGAAGCCUGUGUGAUGGGCCCGACAACAGCAGGGUCCUGCAGGUCAUCGAGUAUUACGGCAAGAAGAUUGUGGAAGACACACUGAAAAUGAGCCUGGCUGUCGGACACCCAUCAUGUGAACACCUGAGAAAACAAGAGUCCCACACACAUUCUCACAGUCAGAGGUCGUCUGUGAGGCGAGAUGGGGUUCAGACGCUGGAGGAGGGGCCUUGCCCUUACUGUCAGAUCCAGGGGUGUCCGCACUGCAACAGACCUAACCAGCACCACCACCAGCCUUUGAUCCAGAGGAGGUCACAAGAGUUGGAGUGUCAUUCAGGGUUGGAAAACCUCACUGGUGUUCAGAUUCCCAAAAUUCUAGUUGACACGGACCACAGGGCAGCGUUUGCAGAACAGAUGGUGUCUGUGGCGAUGGAAACGGCUAAACGGGAGCUAAGUAACACCAGCCUUAACGCUGACAGUGGGAUCAGCCAUGAUGGCACCAGCUAUGCUGAGAGCCUGACAGCUGAAAUCAUGGCAUCAGCUCUGUCCAACGUCUGCCUGGCUGCAAACCUCAGCUCUUUAGGUCGGGAUGUCUGUGAGUCCAAAGUGUCUCAGCAGCUGAGUGUUGGAGACGAGAGUCUUUGCAGCUGGUCCAACUUGAGCUUUGAAGAGGAUCGUGCGGAUGACAACAGCAGCUUCCUCCAUUUGAGUGACAGCAAUGGGAACAGCAGCAGCUGGAGCAGUCUUGGCCUUGAUGGGGAAGCAGUGGAGGAGUGUUGGUCAUUCUCACCUUCUGACAGUGACUACAUGGAGGACAAGGAGGCAGAGGUCCAGGAGGAGUCCAGCGGGAUACUCUGUGUGGACUGGACUCAACUGCAGAAGCCCAGGACCACACUGCUGAUGAGAAACCUGGACGUGAAGGAUCUAGGGCGUAGUCCUCAACACGUCACCCUUGACCCCCAGCUGAGGAGCAUGCUGCAGUGGGCUGCAGCGUCCAUGGCAGAUGUCCCUCAGGUCCAGCUCAGUGCAGAGCGAGGACUCCAGCAGUUGCCAGCUGUGGUCCAGAGGCUCAGAGAGAGAAGGUGGAGAGUUGGAGACCUGCUGCAUCAGCUGGUGCGCUACUGCGAGGAGGUCCAGAGCCCCCCCGCAGCCACAGACCAGACCCUGCAGGCCAGUCCAGAACCGUGCUGCACCCCACUGUUCCAGUGGCUUCUGGACCGCACCUGAAACCCCUCCUGGCCUGGGUCCAGUCACCAGAGGGCGCCAUGCCAGCACAUACGUCUGCUGUAGUGUGUGUGUGUGUGUGUGUGUGUGUGUGUGUGACCCCUACCUUUCUGUUAAAUUAUUAUUAUAAAUUAGAACUGCUUAGUGAGAAUUGGCAGCCCCACCCCUGCAUGUCGCCAGACCAGUGGACUGUUUACCUGUCCAGUAAUCAGCUGAUGUCAUCACACACUCCUCUCACCUUUUAUUUCAGUUCUCUCAAUUGAUCACGUUUGAAAACCAAGACAUAAACGCUGCUGAGAAACUAAAAUUUGUCGUAUUCCAGGUAAAAAUACAGUAUGUCAAAGACCCCCCCCCCCCCGCGUGUGUGUGUGUGUGUGUGUGUGUGUGUGUGUGUGUGUGUGUGUGUGUGUGUGUGUGUGUGUGUGUGUGAGUGUGAGUGAGUGACGGAAAGAGACAACAACCCACUUAUGCCCAGGUCUGAAGACUGGAUGGUCAUUAAACAAAGGACAAAUGUGUGUGACGCUGUAUCUCCUCAUAGCCACUACAAGUACACACACACACACACACACCUGAAACAGAGAAAACAUGAUUAAGACUGAGGUAACAGAACAGAAGAGUGGAACCAGGAGUAAAACAGGACCAGAUGAAUACAGAUGGCCCUGUGACAGGAUGGAUCAGACGUUCUACCUAAAUCACUGACAGAACCUUUAGGGAGAAGCUUCAAGCCGUGUAGGACUUCCUUUAGCGUUGACUGUAAGAGGGCGCUCGGUCCAACCCCACCUGAGCAGGGUUACCCUCGAGCUAGCGAAGUGCUACAGCAUGUCUCAGUGCCUUCCAGAUGUUUGGAACGGAGGAGAUGCCAUAACUCGCUGAUGGUGGAUCAGGAAGUACGGUCUGAUUGGAGGCAAGUCUCUUUCCCCAGAGUGUGUUCAGUUUGGAACGUGGCACUGCCCACAUCUGUUCCAUGUGUUCACAUACCUUACACUGGAUAAGAGCCACCUCCAGUGUGUUUUCACACACACGCUCCUGCUGGAGUGGAGCACCCGAUGCAGACAGAACCAGUGUUUUAUGUAAACAGCUGCAGACAGGGAUUUCCUGUUCAGAGUGGGGCCAAAGGUCAGGACCAUGCAGACCUUCUGAACCAACAGACAGGGAAGCAUUAAGGUGAUGUUGAGCACGAGCAGUAGGAAGUUCUGUUAUUGUGGAUCCACCCUGUGAUGAGCUUCCGUGACUUUACUGUGACUCAGCUGCUUCUGUCCUCCUAGUGGAGGAAGCUGAAAUUACAACCAACACAUGGCUGCCAAAUCAAACAUGUGACCUAACCGCGUGGCAGCACCUUGUUCUUCGCUCUAGCUGCGGCUCCAACCGCCAACAGGUCAGAACCUGGUAGAUGUUCUGAAUGCUUGAGGUAAGCAGCUUUCACCUAGCCAGAGCUAGCUACAUGACUCAUGGAUCUGUUCCAAGCUACUGACCGGUGAUCGGGUGAACACGCCCCCUCAGCGCCCACUGUGGGAUAUUUGUUUGAUCUCCAGGAACCAUCUGGGACACCGAGCCUGAUCAGUAUUAACAGAAAUGUGUUUACAUCAAAGGAAUGUAUUGAAUUUGUAUUACUCAGACCCCCCCCCCCCCCCCCCCCCCCCCCCGUAGUGUGUCACUGUGUGUGCUGAAGGUGAAAUGCUGUGGUGUCACUAUUGUUCAUUGUGCUGCUUUACGAGAAGUUUUGAUGUUUUCCUGCUUCCCUCAGACUUCCAGCCAAAUGAAGAUAUUUAUUAAAUGAAAUGUUAAAACUAACUGUUCUCAUGUGCUGCUCUGUUGGUGUUCAAGUCAUAAUAAAGCUUCUGCUGUGCUGAAA